AAAAAAUUUAUAUUGUGACUAAAAAGUUGUCACUAAAAGUAACAGGUUUUUGUAGUGUCAAAUUGAAUCGGAUACCCACCCAACCGAAAUCUGUUAAAGAAGCUCUCUCACCAAAACAGGAUGAAAAACUGCUAUGAACUCUCAAUAUUCUCUUAUUCACAACUAAACAUGAGUUUAGUUCCUUCUAAACAUAGUUGCUAACAAGUAGAUUUUAAUAAGGUCAAGCAUAAUGCAUGCCUAGUUGCCAAUAUUAAUAAUAAAUAUUACAUAGACUUAAUUAAUGCAAAAGAUUCUAUAUCUCCUCUUCCUUUACCUCAUUUUACAAGGUUUUAAAAUCAGAAUAAUUUAUUUACGUUUCAUUCAAGUUUAUAUUGAUUAAUAAGCUUAGUAUAUAGAUUCCUUUCCUUCUCUCCAGGGCAAGGAUAACAAGAGAUUUAUGUAUAAAUAUAUAUAUAUAGUGUAUUUAGUUUCUUCAUCAAUACUUUUUUAAGAGAUCAAAAAAAAACACCAACAUAACACAAAAUCCUCUCCUCUCAAACACAUUUAAUCUAAUGUUGAUCAAAUUAUAAGUUCAGAUAAAAAUAAGGCAAAAGAAAAAGUUAGCACAUGGCCACUUACCCUAAUUUUUAUGAUUUUUUCACAACCACAUCGAACUAUCGAGUGGUUGCAAGACCUAUGGCCAUCCUCGGCGGUACAUACCUAGCGUUCGCUUACUUGCACAGCGGCGGUUGGUGGAAAGAAAGGAUGCCUAGAGUAUGUAAGAGGUCGAUAACCCUAGCCGCUCUGCAUGGGGGAGAAAUGGCUUUGGGGAGAUUAAAAGAUUAUCAAGAAGCUCGAACCGAUGCUCAAAACUUGGAUGGAGCUGAGAAUACAUUGCAAAAUUUAUUAUUCUUAAAUAAUAAUCAUGAUCAACUUGAUUUUCCAAGUAUUCAGAGGGUUGUUGCAAAAUUUGAAAUGAGUGGAAAUGAAGAGAAAGCAGUGCAGCUUCUUAAGAAAAAAUUGGAUCAUAUACAAGAAAUAAAGCCUCUUGAGGCUUAUGAGAUCGAGAUGUUACUCGUAGAAAUGCUCAUUUACAAGGGUAACUAUAUGAUGGCAAAAAGAAAGAAAUGCUUAACUAAACAAAAUAUUUCUGAUCCACGUCCUCCACUAUAUCAGGCUAUUAUCUGCAUGGCUUUAGAGCCCUUCAAAAUAGAGGAAGCACAAGAAUAUUGGAAGGAUUUUAUUGAAUUAAGAGCCAAUUUUAGUGUAGAACCAGUCUUUAGAGAAAGCAUGGAAGAAAUUGGUAUCUAUGAAAUCAUUACAAAUUUCCAGGACUUUCAAAUGGUUGUGAAGAUGCUUUUGGUGGACAUCAACAAGGAACAUCAAAAGAGGUUAAAGUCCAAUUGGUUCGCGAUUUGAAGAUUUGUAUUUCUAGAAGAGUAAUGCUAGACAGACACUCGAUCAUUUUAUUACACCCUCGAAAUUGAUACGCUAUUUAAAUUUAUUAUUGUAACGUAUAUAGUAUUGAAUUGUAGAAAGCUAAAUUGAGCGAAAAAGUAGUCAUAGACAUACCCUAUUAAUUUUACACACUCUUCUCGUAAAGAAAUGGUCUCAAGUUAUAAAAUCUCUCAUUCUCACAAAUGUAAGAAAAUUGGGAAAGAAAAAACCAAACCUCGUACAGUUAGUGAUUUUAUCCCCUGAUGAACUUUCAACACAUUUGAUCAUGUCCCUUAAAAUAUACGACUUGUUAAAAAUUACUCAGAAACUCUUAUAUUUAUAGAAAUUUAGUCAUUCUAUUAGGUCAGUUUUUUCAUAUAAUUCUGUUUAAAUGCUUACGUAAAUUUAGUGACAACAUUUUAGUCACAACAUAAUUAAAUUUUUUGUGACUAAUAUAAUUUUUAGACUUUUAGUCACAACAAAAAAUUAUUUGUGAGUAAAAGAUAAUAUUUUUAGAUAUAAGUAUAUUAAUUUAGUUUUAGUCACAACAAGUAUUGUGACUAAAAAUACAUUUAGUCACAGCAAAUUGUGAUAUUUGUGACUAAUAUCUUUAGUCACAAAUUUUUUAGUCAUAACAUAACAUAAGAAUGAUGAUUUAUAAUUAGAGUAAUUUGCGACAUAACUUCCAUAAGUACUAUUAGUUUAUUGUAACUAACCUCUAAUUCUAAAAUUUUAGUGAUAAAACCGCCAAAACUCAUGUUCUGUUAGCAAUUUAAUAUUUUCAUCUAUUUUUGGGUGUUAAGUGUCAUGUUGGAAUAUCCACGCUUGUACACAGUAUACACGUGGCACAAUUUAAUUGGCUCAUGUAAAUGAAUAUUUAAAAUUAAAAUAAUAUUUAAAAUAAAGAAAAAUAUU